CAUAACAUAACCUUAAAACACAUUGUUUAUUCAAAUUCACUUCAGAGCAGAGAGUAUAGUUGUUAUUUGAGUAUAUAAUUAUUACUUUUAGAACAAACUAGUGACGACUAUGGCAGAAACUGGCCCAUUUUCCAGCAGUACUGCUUUCUGUGCACGAUGUGGUUCCAUAUUACCACUGCUCCAAGAAUUCGGCUCGGUCAAAUGUUAUGCUUGCAAAGCUUCAUUUGAUGCUGAAAAUUUCAGCGACUUAAAAUUCAACUAUACAAUUCAUUUCAACACAGUAUCAGUGGUGAGCAAUGAAAAUAUACUGAAUAUGGAUGGUCCAGAAGGUCCUGUUGUGGAACGAAAGUGUCCGAAAUGUGGCAACGAUAGAAUGUCUUAUGCUACGUUACAACUGCGGUCCGCUGAUGAAGGACAGACUGUGUUCUACACCUGUAUAUCUUGCAAGUACAAGGAGACAGAAAAUUCAUGAUAAUUGUAUAUUAUUUUGUUACAGUUAAUUAUAAAAUGUGUAAAGAAGUUAAUUUUAAGUAAAUUUUGUAUU